GAUUAUAUCGACCAAAAAUUUCAACAGCUCCAAAAAGAACUUACAAACCAAAUUUUAUCCCUCAAAAGAAGUAUUUUGUACGAUUUGGAUAAGAAGAUAAACAAAGUGAAACAUACAAUUAUCAUUAAUCAAUCAAACGCUAAUUACCAACCAGAAAGAAGCAUCGAAAAGUUAAAAGAAGCAUUAACAAUUGCUCUACCAACAGUAUCACUGGAUCACUUUUUACAAUUAGAAAAUUUAUUAAUGGAUUCUCCACAGAACAAAGAAGCAUUGAUGGCUUUGUUCCGUGUACUUAUUACUACACAAUCCAAUUUGAAAGAAAGCAUUGUCAAAGUAAUGAGUUCAAUAAUGACGAAGGCAGUAGAAUUACAAUAUUCGGGAACAGGAAAAAUAAUUAAUGGACAGUCCAAAAGAAACUUUAGCAAUAUUUUAAUAGAAAAAUUUGGAAAUAGUGUGGAUUUAAAGAAGUUGCCAGGUCAGGUGGGAUUAUGGUUAUCACGAGCUAGAGACUGUGAAGGAGGCAGAAAAGAACGAAACAAAAAUAAUUAAAAAUAAAACCUUAAAAUUUAUUUAAAAUAUUAAGUCAAAAUUAAAGUUUAAAAUUUGUUACCACUUUUCCAUUUAAUAUAUCUUUGAUAUGUAUAUACGUACAAAUACAUUAUUUCUUUAUACAAAAUUAUUUUUAAUAUAAAAAUUAUUAAGUUCGGUUACAUUUAAAAGUUUUUUACACAAAUCAACAUAUAUGUGAUAUAUGUAUAUGUAGAAAUUUUUUUUUUUUAAACGAUUUUUAAUAUAAAAAUGAAUAAGUUUAGUUAAAAUGUUGAGUUUCUUGCGUAAGUCAACAAAUAUGUGAUAUGCAUAAAUAUAUUAUUUCUAUAAAAAAGAUUUCUAGUAUAAAAAU